GAGACGGCGUGCUUCUAUCCUGCAGCAUCGACUCGCACACUCUCAUCCACUCCCCACACAUACACACACACACACACACAUACACACACUCGCUCCCUUCACUCCGCAAGCCAGCGACGCAGACUCUUCGGAGCUGGUCACCACCACCACCACAUAUUUGUCACAGCCAUCACAACUUUCAGUCAUCAUGGAGCUAGACUUUGGACAUUUUGACGAGCGGGACAAGGCAUCCCGUACCCCGCGGGGCGGGCGCAUGAACGGACUCCCCAGCCCUACCCACAGCGCCCACUGCAGCUUCUACCGCACACGCACUCUGCAGGCCCUCACCAGUGAGAAGAAAGCCAAAAAGGUGCGCUUCUACCGCAAUGGAGACCGCUACUUCAAGGGCAUUGUGUACGCUGUGGCCAACGACCGAUUUCGCACCUUCGACUCCCUGCUGGCUGACCUCACACGCUCGCUCUCUGACCACAUCAACCUGCCACAGGGUGUCCGCUUCAUCUUCACUAUCGAUGGCAUGCGUAAGAUCACAUCCAUGGAUGAACUGGAGGAAGGGGAAAGCUAUGUUUGUGCAUCAGAGAACUUCUACAAGAAGGUCGACUACACAAAGAACGUCAACCCCAACUGGUCCGUGAAUGUAAAGGCCUCGGCAAGCCAGAAGAACAUGCAGUCCCUAGCUGCCAAGGCUGCGAGCGAGCCCAGAGAGGCCAAGGACUUUGUUCGACCCAAACUUGUGACGGUGAUGCGCAGUGGUGUGAAGCCGCGCAAAGCUGUGCGUGUCCUGCUCAACAAGAAAACGGCGCACUCCUUCGAGCAGGUCCUCACUGACAUCACAGAGGCCAUUAAACUUGAAAGUGGCGUGGUCAAGAGGAUCUACACACUUGACGGCAAGCAGGUUACCUGCCUUCAAGAUUUCUUUGGCGAGGAUGAUGUCUUCAUUGCAUGUGGACCAGAGAAAUUCCGCUAUGCCCAGGAUGACUUCUCUCUGGAUGAGAACGAAUGCAGGGUGAUGAAGGGACCCAAAACUCCACGUGGUUCUGCAAAGAGUCCUGGCGCGAUCAAGCGCAGCAAGUCUCCCGCUGAAUCGAGUGAGCGCAUUAAUAUCUCACCCAACGGGACGGGCUCCAGCAGCCAGCUCUCCACCCCGAUUUCCAAGCAUUCCCCCACCUCCACCCCCACCAGUCCAGGCCUCAACAACAAGCAGAAGGAUCUCUACCUGCCCUUAUCUCUGGAUGAUGACGAUUCUCUCGGCGAAUCCAUGUAGACCCUCCUUCUGCAGCCUGCCUCCCUUUUUUUUGGCCUGAAACACAGAAGUUUUUAUACCUCUGCUGCUUUCCACCUUCACUCACAGUGCCACCUGUUGUCUAGGAGAAACCACUCUUUGUCUCUUUUUAAGGCCUUAGCCUUAGCCAGGGCUAUGACACCAUUUGCUGCUUGAGAAUAACACAAACCUUUUUUGUAAAAAUCUGUUUCGACCACUUUGUAACAAUCAGCUCACUAAUGAUCAGACAUGUUUCUGUGUGGAGGUUAGCCACUAUUUCUCAAAAGGGUUCACAGUUCACUGACCCACAGAUUUCACGGUGGAAAAAUUUCUCACUUUGGUCUCAGACGUUUUGUUUAAGGAUGCACUAUGACUUUAAUGUUUCAGUCACAGAAUUCCAAGCAGCAAAUGGACAUUUUUAGGGGUGUUAGUCAGAACUGACUCAACUUUUGUAUCACUUGUAUUCGUGACGUUCCUCCAUGUCCUCCUGUUCCUUCUGCCCUACGGUUAACAGUGUGAAAGGUAAUGGUUCCUUGUCAGAGAAAGUCCGCUAAGCCAGAGAGAGUCUUUCCUACCCGCUGUAAAUACUGUGUAUAGCUGUCCAUCAUAACAUCGCUGCCCAACGUCCAUUGCUGUGCUUCCAUAACGUCACUACAGUAUCUGUCUAACAUUUGCUCAACAUAAUACAGGGUAUGGUCAAAGUAAAAGAGGCAACCAAAAUGAAGUCCCACCACAGGGGGUGAGGAUGUGUGGGAUGCAGCUCCUGACUGAAGAGGAUCAUUGGUCAGAAGCCCACGCCUCCACGAUGAGGGUUCACGUUCUGAAACUGACUUUACAUAAGAAAUUAUAAAACCACAAUUGUGCAAAAUUCCGCUAUUUAAACUACCAGAAACACGGAGGCCUAAAAAUCCAUAUGUUGGCAAUAAUUGGCAUUCAUCUUGUCCAAUCAGAGACAAGGUGACAACAAGGCAUCUCACAGAAGCCCUCAUGGGAAAUCUUCAUGUUGGUGUUUCCUCUAUUUUGACCCUCUACAUAGACAGUAGGCUAUACAUGGUAUAUACCCUCUGUGUUUUAGAUUUUCACAAACUGCAGUGCAUGAUAUUGGUGAAUGAUUAUGAAACUUUGGGCUUGUUUAAAGCUGAUUUUGAAGGACCUAAUGGUGCAUAAAACAACCAAAGGAAAAACAAUUGGGCUAUUCCUUUUUUUUUUUUUUUUUUAAACCAGAGAACCAACUCAGUCAGUAUAAAGUUUUAUCCAUGAAGUCUAAAUAAUUCCCUUUUAGGCCAGUUUAUCACUACUUCACCACAAAUAGCAGUGAUAUUUUAUAGUACAAUGUGUGAGAUUCAAAGAUAAAGGUCUCAAAGCCAAAGUAUGAUUUUAGACGAAGAAUUAUAGAAAGGGGAAAAUAUGUAAUUUUAUUAGUUGUAAAAUUCUUUAAAUAUUCUGGAGGAAGCACACCUGGAGAUUUAUGCAUGUUACUUUUCACACAUCAAAAUAACGUCAAGAUUAAAUCAUGCUCAUCUGAGGCAAUUAGUGUUGUCAGGGCGCUAAACUUUAGUGGGAUUUCUCCUAUUUUGCAUGGCUCAGCGUAGUUCUCAGAUACAGGGGAGAUGAAAACUUAACGGUUGUCUAAUUCUAUGUGUGGGUUUUAAAUUUUAUAAAGUCUAUUAAUUUAUAUCAAGGGUACUUGUCUAGGAUUGUUUUUCUAGUUUUAACUUGCUCACAUGAGCUUUAAACACUAGUACUUUUUUCAAGCCUCUGUGUGCAACUUUCUAUCGCCAUAUUUCUUUCUUUUUUUUUUUUCUCCGGUCAUGACUUGCAUUCGAGUGUCUUAGGAAUCUACUGAAAGGAGUUUUCUCAGACUUUUGCAGGGAAUCGAACCUGAGAAUCUCUGAAUUGGACAACACUGAAGCACAAAGCAGGGAGCUGCUUAUUCAUCACAGCAACAGACACUUUACUGUCCACUAGCCGGCAUUACAAUGCGUGGCCACAACUAAUUUGUCAAGUGCAUUGAUAAAAGUGCUGCACUCGUAGCAUCCUUUAAAUUAACAUCUAUGCAUUCGGAUUAAAGAUUAGUUUAAAAAAAAAAAAUCUUUCUUUUGUGUAGAGAAUGGCCUUUUUAUACCCAACAGCGUAACGAGAAAUGAACUAAAACUUAAAUUUCCAUGCAGUUAUUCCAUUGUGAUGACGUGACAGUCUGAAAGUUGUAUGUCUUAGGAGUGAUCCGGUGUCCGCCCUCUGGAUAAGCUUUGAACAGCUGUUUUCAUCAGCCACUUAAUGCUCAAGACAAACUAUCUCAAAAAUACCUGGUGCUGUGAACUACACCUUUCUCCUGCAGGGAGCGCUGUCACACCAGCACAACAGCUCAUAAUAUCAGCUAAUCCAACAGCAGGGACACCUCACUUUACCCACCAUUUUGUACAAAUUCCCCAUUUGUUGUCAUUUUCCUCAAGCUAUCAGUUCUGUAUAACCUUACAUGCUAAUAAUGGUCUUGUUUCCUUGAUUUUUCUACAGCUUAUUACAGCGCUACAGCAUAUUAAACAUUAACAGAAAAUGUUGGUUGUCUUGUGUGAACCGGCCGCCACCAUGUAAGAUGGAUGGUGUGAAUUCAUCACCUACAGUGGUGCCUUUUUUUUUUUAAGAUUACUGUCUUUUGAUAAAAUAAACGAAAUGGGAAAUCGAAAGGCUUGCUCUUUGUUAACAGCUGUUUGUAAAACAUUUUUAAAUGUCUUGAAUGAGGAAGAAUCCCAGCGCAUUUUGUUUCGCAGAGUUACAGGACACUUUAUCAUGGUGUAAAUACUCUCCCUGUUCUCUUUCAUACGUAUACCUAUCUGAUCGAAUGAAUGACUUCUCUUUUUUUUUUUUCUUGGAAAUUUACAAUGUCCUUUUUUAGUGGUAUUUUGCAAUGUCACAGUGGCUUGUUUCAGUGCUUCAUUCAAUGUAUUAACCGGUAUCCUUUUGCAAUUAAAACAGUUGUAUUUCACCCCUCUG